UGCUCGCAGGCUGCAGCGCGGGGACGCGGCGGAGAUGGCGCGGCUGGUGGCGGUCUGCAGGGACGGGGAGGAGGAGUUCCCCUUCGAGAAGAGGCAGAUUCCCCUCUACAUCGAUGACACCCUGACGAUGGUGAUGGAAUUUCCUGAUAACGUGCUAAACCUAGAUGGACAUCAGAAUAACGGUGCACAACUAAAGCAAUUCAUUCAGAGACAUAGCAUGCUUAAACAGCAGGAUCUCAAUAUUGCCAUGAUGGUGACAUCACGUGAGGUUCUGAGUGCCCUUUCUCAGCUGGUCCCAUGUGUGGGGUGUCGUCGCAGCGUGGAGCGUCUGUUUUCUCAGCUGGUUGAGUCUGGAAAUCCAGCCCUGGAGCCUCUCGCAGUUGGGCCGAAGGGGGUUCUUUCUGUAACUCGGAGCUGUAUGACUGAUGCAAAGAAGCUUUAUACACUGUUUUAUGUGCAUGGGUCCAAACUGAAUGACAUGAUUGAUGCGAUUCCCAAAAGUAAGAAGAACAAGAGAUGUCAGUUACACUCUCUGGACACACACAAACCAAAACCUUUGGGUGAAGGGAGCAGUAGUACACUCAGUGCAGAGAAAUUAAGUGCAGAUAAGAAAAAUAGUGAAGACAGCAAGAAGGAGGAGAGCAAGUGUAGGAUCACUUUCCACUAUGGACCUUUCCAGGGAGCGGUCAGGGGCUGUUGGAUGGAUGUAUGGGAGCUCAUGUCCCAGGAGUGCAGGGAUGAAGUAGUUCUAAUUGAUUCUAGCUGCCUCUUAGAAACAUUAGAAACGUAUCUACGAAAACACAGGUUUUGCACUGACUGCAAGAAUAAAGUACUUCGGGCAUACAAUAUUCUUAUUGGUGAGCUAGACUGCAGCAAAGAGAAGGGCUACUGUGCUGCACUGUAUGAGGGUUUGCGUUGCUGCCCACAUGAACGUCAUAUACAUGUAUGCUGUGAAACAGAUUUCAUCGCACACCUAUUGGGUCGAGCUGAACCAGAGUUCGCAGGAGGACGAAGAGAAAGGCAUGCUAAGACAAUAGACAUAGCCCAGGAGGAAGUUUUGACCUGCCUGGGUAUUCAUCUUUAUGAAAGAUUACACCGAAUCUGGCAGAAGUUGCGAGCCGAGGAACAAACGUGGCAGAUGCUCUUCUACCUGGGGGUUGAUGCUUUACGCAAGAGCUUUGAGAUGGCUGUGGAAAAAGUGCAGGGGAUCAGCCGGCUGGAACAGCUCUGCGAGGAGUUCUCAGAAGAAGAAAGAGUACGAGAACUCAAACAAGAGAAGAAGCGCCAAAAACGAAAGAACAGACGGAAAAAUAAAUGUGUGUGUGAGAUCCCCGCCCCUCUGCAGGCAGCAGAAGAGAAGGAAAUAAAUCAAGCAAAGGAAAACUUGGACUUCACGGAAAAUAGCUGCAAAGCCUGUGGUAGCACUGAAGAAGCUAACAGCUGUGUAGAAGUCAUUGUUACCAAUGAAAGCACUUCUUGCACCUGUCCUGGUAGCGGUACCCUAUUAGGUUCACCUAAAAUAAAGAAAGGUUUAUCUCCACAUUGUAAUGGUAGUGACUGCGGCUAUUCAUCCAGCAUGGAGGGCAGCGAGACGGGAUCUCGAGAGGGGUCGGACGUGGCCUGCACUGAAGGCAUUUGCAACCAUGAUGAAAAUGGAGAUGAUUCCUGUGUCCAUCGCUGCGACGACAAAGAGGAGGAUGGAGAUAGCUGCGUGGAGUGUUGGGCUAAUUCAGAAGAGAGUAACACAAAAGGCAAAAACAAAAAGAAGAAAAAGAAAAGUAAAACUUUAAAGUGUGAGAAUGAACAUAUUCAGAAACUUGGAAGCUGUAUGGCAGAUCCAGGUAUUAGAGAGACCUCAGGAAAUACCACGCACACAGAGUUUCAUCGUGACAAGACCAAAGACACACAUGCUGAAAGCUGCUGUAGCUCAGAAAAAAGCGGGCAGCAGUUGCCUUGGUUUGAGCAUAUGAAAAAUGCGUCACAGUUUGCAGAACCUACAGAAAUGUCACUUGUUCCUGAUACUGGAAAAGGUGCCAAGAGCUUAGUGGAGCUCCUCGAUGAAUCUGAAUGCACUUCUGAUGAGGAAAUCUUUAUCUCACAAGAUGAAAUACAGUCGUUUAUGGCAAACAACAAGUCUUUUUACAGCAAUAGAGAACAAUACCGACAGCAUCUGAAGGAGAAAUUUAAUAAAUACUGCCGCCUAAAUGAUCACAAGAGGCCCAUUUGUAACGGUUGGUUGACAACGGCUGGAGCGAACUAAAUACAAUAAAAUAGCUCUGUCUUUCAUUGAGAUUCUCAAGAUGACUACUGCGCCUUCUCUUUCAAAAACUUAAUUUAGUGAAUUAUGGCAAAAUUUUAUCUUAAAUUAAUGUGAUUCUUUUUUCUUGUUUUUUUUUGGGGGGAGGCUGGUGGAGGUGAUUUCAUUACUUCUGUUCUUUCUUCAGGCUUGUAUCUUUAGUUGAGUAGCUGUGCAAGCCUCUCUUAUAAUUUAAGCCAUCUCUUUUCAUUAAAUGUUUCUCUUCCUGUGAGACUUACAAAAAGCAAACUAGUGGCAAAGUAAUGUUGUACCUAUAAUUCUGUACAGAAUGACAAUGAGCUGAAUAUAAGAUUUUACAAAGUAGACAUCCAUUUGCAAAAUGUUUUGGAUGUAAUAUGUUAAAGCGCAAUGUGCAAAAAUUUAAAUAAAGAAUAUUUAUUAA